UUCCCGCAGCCCCGCGGCCUCCGGGAGCCUGGUCCGCGCGCAGCAAGGCUGGCCGGCCGUGGGCUCCGGUUCUCGGGCCACGCGUGAGCGUUCGCGCCAGGCGGCACUCCGAGGGCCGCGACUGCAGCGGAGAGGAGCUGAGCGCUCUGCCCACCCCGGGAGUCCCCGCCAGGCCGCCGAGCCGGAAUCUCCUUUUAGUUGGUGUUUGGCAUCAUUGUAGAGUACACUGAACCUUGAAGAUGUUGGAAACCAUAGACAAAAAUCGGGCCCUGCAAGCAGCAGAGCGCUUGCAAAGCAAGCUGAAGGAACGCGGGGAUGUUGCAAAUGAAGACAAACUGAGCCUCCUGAAGUCUGUCCUGCAGAGUCCACUCUUCAGUCAGAUCUUGAACCUUCAGACUUCACUACAGCAGCUAAAAGACCAGGUAAACAUUGCUACUUUGGCAACUGCAACUGCUGACCAUGCCCACACUCCUCAGUUCUGCUCUGCUAUCAUUUCUAACCUGCAAAGUGAGUCACUUUUGCUGUCUCCAAAUCAUGGGAACCUGGAAGCCCUUCCUGGACCUGGUGUUCCAGCUGUCAUGGAUGGCAAGCCUGCCUGUGACGAACUUGAUCAGCUCAUCAAAAAUAUGGCCCAGGGUCGCCAUGUGGAAAUAUUUGAGCUCCUCAAACCUCCGUGUGGAGGCCUCGGCUUUAGUGUUGUUGGGCUCAGAAGUGAAAACAGGGGCGAGCUGGGGAUAUUUGUCCAGGAGAUUCAGGAGGGCAGUGUGGCUCACAGAGAUGGCAGACUUAAGGAGACUGACCAGAUCCUCGCCAUCAAUGGCCAGGUCCUAGAUCAGACCAUCACACACCAGCAGGCCAUUAGCAUCCUGCAGAAGGCCAAAGACACCGUGCAGCUUGUGAUUGCCAGGGGAUCUUUGCCGCUGGUCUCCAGCCCACGGAUUUCCCGCUCUCCAUCCGCAGCCAGCACCAUUUCAGCCCACUCGAAUCCAAUGCACUGGCAGCAUGUGGAGACCAUAGAACUGGUAAACGAUGGGUCCGGCCUGGGGUUUGGCAUCGUAGGAGGAAAGGCAACUGGUGUCAUAGUGAAGACAAUCUUACCUGGAGGAGUAGCCGACCAGCAUGGGCGAUUAUGCAGUGGAGACCACAUUCUAAAGAUUGGUGACACUGACCUAGCAGGAAUGAGCAGUGAGCAAGUAGCACAAGUCCUUAGGCAGUGUGGAAAUAGAGUUAAGCUGAUGAUUGCCAGAGGUGCUGUAGAAGAAACGCCAGCAUCUUCCUCUUUGGGCAUCACCCUCUCCUCUUCCACGUCUUCUACUUCAGAGAUGCGAGUUGAUGCUUCUACUCAGAAAAAUGAUGAAAGUGAGACGUUUGAUGUGGAACUCACUAAAAAUGUCCAAGGACUAGGAAUUACCAUUGCUGGUUAUAUUGGAGAUAAAAAAUUAGAGCCUUCAGGAAUCUUUGUAAAGAGCAUUACAAAAAGCAGUGCUGUGGAGCAUGAUGGAAGAAUCCAAAUUGGAGACCAAAUUAUAGCAGUCGAUGGCACCAACCUUCAGGGUUUUACCAACCAACAAGCAGUAGAGGUGUUACGUCACACAGGGCAGACAGUGCGUCUGACAUUGAUGAGGAAGGGAGCAAGUCAGGAAGCAGAGCUUACGUCAAGAGAAGAUACCGCAAAAGAUGUGGACUUCCCAGCUGAAAAUUGUGAAAAGGAUGAAGAAUCUUUAUCAUUGAAGAGAAAUGCCAGCAUAUUACCAAUUGAAGAAGAAGGGUUUCCACUGUUGUCAGCUGAGCUGGAAGAAGCUGAAGAUGUGCAGCAAGAGGCUGCCCUGCUGACCAAGUGGCAGAGGAUUAUGGGAAUUAACUAUGAAAUAGUGGUGGCUCAUGUGAGCAAGUUUAGUGAGAAUAGUGGGCUGGGGAUAAGUCUGGAGGCAACAGUAGGCCACCACUUCAUCCGGUCUGUGCUACCAGAAGGCCCUGUGGGACACAGCGGGAAGUUCUUCAGUGGAGAUGAGCUCUUGGAAGUGAAUGGUAUAAAUUUGCUUGGAGAAAACCAUCAAGAUGUGGUCAAUAUUUUAAAAGAGUUGCCUAUAGAUGUGACAAUGGUGUGCUGCCGUCGGACUGUGCCACCCACUGCCCUGUCAGAAAUGGAUAGCCUGGACAUAAAUGAUCUUGAACUCGCAGAAAAGCCUCAUAUAGAUCUAGGAGAGUUCAUUGGGUCCUCAGAGACAGAGGAUCCCAUGCUGGCGAUGUCUGAUGUGGAUCAGAAUGCAGAGGAGAUUCAAACACCACUGGCCAUAUGGGAGGCAGGCGUUCAGUCCAUCGAGCUGGAGAAAGGGGGCAGAGGCCUCGGCUUCAGCAUUUUAGACUAUCAGGACCCGAUCGAUCCAGCAAACACAGUAAUUGUCAUUCGUUCCCUGGUGCCUGGUGGCAUAGCUGAAAAGGAUGGACGGCUUUUUCCAGGAGACAGGCUCAUGUUUGUCAAUGACAUUAAUCUGGAAAACAGCACUCUUGAAGAGGCUGUGGAAGCCCUGAAGGGAGCGCCCUCAGGGAUGGUGCGGAUAGGAGUGGCCAAGCCUUUGCCUCUGUCACCAGAAGAAGGGUAUGUUUCAGCCAAGGAAGACGCCUUUCUCUGCUCACCUCACACCUGCAAGGAGUCAGGCCUAUCCGACAAAGCCCUCUUCAGGGCUGACUUGGCUCUGAUAGAUACACCUGAUGCUGAGUCCAUAGCUGAAUCACGAUUUGAAUCUCAGUUCUCUCCUGAUAACGACAGUGUCUACUCUACACAAGCCUCCAUCUUAUCUCUUCAUGAUGGUGCUUGUAGUGAUGGCAUGAACUAUGGCCCCUCUCUUCCAUCAUCUCCUCCCAAGGAUGUGACCAACAGUUCUGACCUAGUGCUUGGUCUGCAUUUGUCCCUGGAAGAACUCUACACACAGAACCUCAUUCAGAGACAGCAUGCUGGCUCUCCUCCCACAGACAUGAGCCCAGCACCCACCUCUGGUUUCCCCAUCAGUGACUACACAACUACAAAUGCUGUUGAACAAAAAUAUGAAUGUGCAAACCCAGUAGCGUGGACUCACUCGCAGUUACCAAGUAGCCUAAGCACCACCGAGCUUGCUCCUGCACUGCCUGCUGUGGCUCAGAAGUAUUUAACUGACCAGAGCUCUUUGGCGUCUGAUGCUGAGUCUGUCAACUUGCAGACUAUGUCCCAGGAAGCUUUUGAGAGAACCGUUACUAUAGCAAAAGGCAGCUCCAGCCUAGGUAUGACAGUAAGUGCCAAUAAAGAUGGCCUGGGAGUGAUUGUGCGGAGCAUCAUUCAUGGGGGCGCCAUUAGUCGUGAUGGCCGGAUUGCUGUGGGUGACUGCAUUUUGUCCAUUAAUGAAGAAUCCACCAUCAGUCUAACCAAUGCCCAGGCACGGGCCAUGCUCAGAAGACAUUCUCUAAUUGGACCUGAUAUCAAAUUCUCUGCAGCACCUGCUGACGAUCGGGCCCCCUUUUAUGUAAUUACUUACGUGCCUGCAGAACAUUUGGAAGAGUUCAGAGUAAGUUUUGGUCAACAAGCUGGAGGAAUAAUGGCGCUGGAUAUUUUUUCUUCAUACACUGGCAGAGACAUUCCGGAACUCCCAGAGCGAGAAGAAGGAGAAGGGGAAGAAAGUGAACUGCAGAAUGCUGCCUACAGCAGCUGGAGCCAGCCCCGGAGGGUGGAACUUUGGAGAGAACCAAGCAAGUCCUUGGGCAUCAGCAUUGUUGGUGGUCGAGGGAUGGGGAGCCGGCUGAGCAAUGGUGAGGUGAUGAGGGGCAUUUUCAUCAAACAUGUUCUUGAAGACAGUCCAGCUGGCAAAAAUGGAACUCUGAAGCCAGGAGACAGAAUAAUUGAGGUGGAUGGGAUGGACCUCAGAGAUGCAAGCCAUGAACAAGCUGUGGAAGCCAUUCGGAAAGCAGGCAACCCUGUAGUGUUUAUGGUACAGAGCAUUAUAAACAGACCAAGGAAAUCCCCUUUGCCUUCCUUGCCGCCCAGCCUUUACCCUAAGUACAGCUUCAGCAGCACUAACCCAUUUGCAGACGCUCUCCAGCUCACCACUGACAAGGCGCCCAGCCAGUCAGAAUCUGAGCCAGAGAAGCCUGCAUUGUGCAAUGUUCCUCCCUCCUCUCCCUCAGUGUUCUCAGAAAUGGGUAGUGAUUGUGCACAGCCAUCUGCAACCACAGUCUCAGAAGAUGAGGACAAAGAGGAUGAGUUUGGUUACAGCUGGAAAAAUAUCCAGGAGCGUUAUGGAAGUCUGACAGGCCAGCUCCAUAUGAUUGAGCUGGAGAAAGGUCAUAGCGGUUUGGGUCUAAGUCUUGCUGGGAACAAAGACCGAACCAGAAUGAGUGUGUUUAUAGUGGGGAUUGAUCCCACUGGAGCCGCAGGGAGAGAUGGCCGACUACAGAUUGCCGACGAGCUCUUAGAGAUCAACGGCCAAAUAUUGUAUGGCAGAAGUCAUCAGAAUGCUUCAUCAAUUAUUAAAUGUGCUCCAUCUAAAGUAAAAAUAAUUUUUAUCAGAAAUGCAGAUGCAGUGAACCAGAUGGCCGUAUGUCCUGGAAAUGCAGCAGACUCUCUGUCUUCCACCUCAGACAGUCCUCAGAACAAGGAGGUGGAACCAUGUAGUACUACAUCUGCUUCAGCUGUGGACCUCAGCUCACUUACAGAUGUGUACCAGCUGGAGCUUCCUAAGGAUCAAGGAGGUUUAGGCAUUGCUAUCUGUGAGGAAGACACAAUCAAUGGAGUCAUGAUUGAAAGCCUAACUGAGCAUGGGGGAGCAGCCAAGGAUGGAAGGCUCAAACCUGGAGAUCGCAUCUUGGCUGUAGAUGAUGAAGUUGUUGCUGGGUGUCCUGUUGAAAAGUUCAUCAGCCUUCUGAAGACGGCAAAGGCAACUAUAAAACUGACGGUUCGAGCUGAGAAUCCAGGUUGUCCAGCUGUUCCUUCUUCAGCGGUAACAGUCAGUGGAGAAAGGAAAGAUAGCUCCCAGACUCCUGCAGUCCCAGCUCCAGACCUGGAACCCAUCCCAAGUACAAGCAGGUCCUCCACACCAGCAGUCUUUGCUUCUGACCCUGCCACCUGCCCCAUCAUCCCCGGCUGUGAGACAACAAUUGAGAUUUCCAAAGGCCAAACAGGCCUGGGACUGAGUAUUGUUGGGGGGUCAGACACACUGCUGGGUGCUAUUAUUAUCCAUGAAGUUUAUGAAGAGGGAGCAGCGUGUAAAGAUGGAAGACUAUGGGCUGGAGACCAGAUUUUAGAGGUAAAUGGGAUUGACUUGCGAAAGGCUACACAUGAUGAAGCAAUCAAUGUCCUGAGGCAGACGCCUCAAAGAGUACGGCUGACGCUCUACCGAGAUGAGGCCCCAUACAAAGAGGAGGAUGUCUGUGAUACCUUCACUAUCGAGCUGCAGAAGAGGCCAGGCAAAGGCCUUGGGUUGAGUAUUGUUGGCAAAAGAAAUGACACUGGAGUAUUUGUAUCAGACAUUGUCAAGGGAGGCAUUGCAGAUGCUGAUGGGAGACUGAUGCAAGGGGACCAGAUUUUAAUGGUGAAUGGAGAAGAUGUCCGUAAUGCCACCCAGGAGGCAGUCGCUGCCCUGCUAAAGUGUUCCCUAGGUGCAGUGGCCCUGGAGGUUGGAAGAAUCAAAGCUGCCCCAUUCCACUCAGAACGGAGGCCUUCUCAAAGCAGCCAGGUGAGUGAGAGCAGCCUGUCAUCUUUCACUCUCCCACUUUCUGGAAUAAAUACAUCAGAGUCAUUGGAAAGUAACUCGAAGAAGAAUGCAUUAGCAUCUGAAAUUCAGGGACUAAGAACAGUCGAAAUAAAAAAGGGGCCUGCUGACUCGCUGGGACUCAGCAUUGCUGGAGGAGUGGGCAGCCCGCUCGGAGAUGUCCCUAUAUUUAUUGCAAUGAUGCACCCAAAUGGUGUUGCAGCUCAAACCCAAAAACUCAGAGUUGGAGAUAGGAUUGUCACCAUCUGUGGCACAUCCACGGAUGGGAUGACUCACACACAGGCGGUUAACUUGAUGAAAAAUGCCUCAGGCUCCAUUGAAGUACAGGUGGUUGCUGGAGGAGAUGUGAGUGUGGUCACCGGUCAUCAGCAGGAACUUGCCAAUCCUUGUCUUGCUUUCACUGGGCUGACAUCAAGCAGUAUAUUUCCGGAUGAUUUAGGACCUCCACAGUCUAAGACCAUUACACUAGACCGAGGACCAGAUGGCUUAGGCUUCAGCAUUGUAGGCGGCUAUGGCAGCCCUCAUGGAGACUUACCAAUUUAUGUUAAAACAGUGUUUGCAAAGGGAGCAGCAGCAGAAGAUGGGCGUCUAAAAAGGGGCGAUCAGAUCAUUGCUGUCAAUGGGCAAAGUCUAGAAGGAGUGACCCAUGAAGAAGCUGUUGCCAUCCUCAAGAGGACAAAGGGCACCGUCACCCUCAUGGUUCUCUCUUGAAGUGACUGCCAGAGCUGAAGCAGCCCAGCCACUGUAACAGAGUGGACUUGUUUGUGUGCUGUGUUGGUCGGAGAAAAACUACAGGGGGGCGAAAAACAGAGUGUUUGCUACUCACAGCCAAACAUCAUUUUUCCUUUACUCUGCAUUUCAUGGUCAUCUACUCAAAAAGAAGAGAUAUUUGCAUAGAUAAACCUCAGUUUUAUCUCCAAGAUAUCUAACAAUUUAAGGUCAUGUGGACAAAUUAUUAUAUGCUCAUCUUGUUAGUAUGGAAACAAAAUGAUACAAAGUUAGCCAAUUAGGAUAAAAGAUGGAAAUUUAGAAAAAAGAAGACAGUCUUGAGUUUUAUAGGACUUCUUCAAUCCAGCAGUCCAAAGGAAGAAAAGAAAGUGCUUGCAAUACUUUUGAAUAGUCUACUGUUUUAAAAUUGUGACAUACUGGUUCUACUUACCUCUAAUGCAUAUUUUUCUGCUAAAAUUGUUUAGCAGUCCUUGUAAGCUUUAAAAAGAAAUUGUGUUUAGUGCAUAUCUCGGUGUUUGUUUUCAGUUUUAACCUGCUGUAUUUUCAUGUUGUUAUAGGUAAAGUGCUGAUGCUACCCUGUGUUGGCUAGAGUUCUAGGAAACAUCCAUGUAGCCAUGGGAGACAGAGAAGGAGCCUAGAAUGUUCUAAUGCUGAUGUAGCAGACUGAUACUACGUGGAAAACAUGUUACUGUACCAUGCUAUUGUUUUUCCAUUAGUAUUAAUCUUAAUGACAUAGAAAAAGACAGUGUGUUAGUAACUAUUUUGGUUGUAUGCCAUUAGUAAAUUGACAGAAAAAUGAAGGGGGUUAAUGAAACUUCAUCUCACUGCUGUAUAUUAACAUCUUACAAUACAAUAGUUUAAGACUGAGGGAAACAGAUGGGGCUGUUUACUGAGACAACUGGUGAGGAAUUAUGUGUUCAAUCCCAUUUUAGAGCGUGAAACUCCUACAUUAGAAUAGAUAAAGUCACUUUAAAUACUAUCUAUAUUUGUAACAGAAGUCGUAUACAUAUAUUUUAUUAUAGCAUUCUUGUGUAAAUGCAGAAUUAAAGUGAAUAAAUAAGUUUCUGUGGUGCACAACAAACAAGCAGAUGCUGUCU